AAGAAAUCUUAUGUCAACGACAAAUUUUUCCAUGAGUCUCGGUAAGCGAUUUGAUACAUACUGAACAGGAAGAAAUUUCAAGUAUGUUGCAUGGAAAAAAUCAUACUAUCAAUUUAGAUGCUGUCUUCUCUACCUCUACCUACAUAGACUAUUCAUCAAACUAUAAAUCAGAAAUAGGGGAAAUAAUGAGGGACGUAUGCAGAAUAACAUUAAUAUUGAACAUGUUUCGAGCGAAAAGAAAACGCAAAUCAUGAAACCAUAUGUUUUAGCGUUUAGUCUGUAAUAUCGUUAUAAAGAAUUCUCUGUUGGAAAACUUGGUUGAAACAGGCAAGCAGACCAUUCGCAAACACGCAUCGAAUUUCGCAUGAAGAAAGAACAUGGAAGAACAAUCUAAUACAUCGAUCGAUUAUUACAUACUACCGAAUAAGAUAUUCUGUAGUAUGGUUGGAAUAUGGCCUAUCGAGAAAAGUUCGACGUUUAGCAAAAUAUUCGCAUAUUUCCGCUUGAUGGUGACAGUAAUUGCAUACGGUUUUCUGUUUGUGCCCCAAAUUUUGGCGAUAGCAGUAAAUUGGGGCGACAUACAAACCAUAGCAGGGACCGCUUCAACAUCAGUCGGACAAGUAUUGUACAAACUAGUAUACAUAGCAGCACGAAGAGAUAAAGCACAUAAGCUUUAUAAUGAAAUGCGAAGUCUAUGGGAUUCUUCCGAUGAUCCUAACGAAAAGAAAUCUUACGAACAACUUGCUUAUUGGGCUCGAAUUGUUACAAUAAUUUUCUCUGCAUGCCUCUCGUGCAACGUGAUCUUUUUCACAAUGUCUGCAAUUAUCAAUUAUUUAAGUAAUGACAGUCGACAUUUACCUUUUAACGCCUGGUACGGAACAGACGUCUCAACGUCACCCAAAUUCGAAAUCGUCUUCUUUUGUCAAAUUUUUGUAUGCGUCGUGGGAGUUUCAGGACUCACUGGUAUAGACUGCUCGAUUACGACCGUAAUUUUACACGUGGCUGGACAUGUGGUGGACGAUAUAAAUAAUUUAAUAACACCCAUCCUUUUUAUACAACUUCUUACGAGUGGAAUAGAAAUUUGUUUAAGUGGAUACGCAAUGCUCGACAACGGGGCAGCAAUUAUCGAUGUGCUGAAAUUUAUGUGUUUUUUCAUCUCCAUGACGGUGGAAAUCCUUUUAUUUUGUUGGCCCGGUGAAAUUCUUGUCCAUGAAAGUGAAGAAGUGGGGCACAUAAUUUAUUUCAAUAUACCGUGGUACAAUUUACCACCAAUUCAUCGGAGACAUCUUUGCCUCAUGAUUGUUAGAGCGCAACAAUAUUGCAGUAUCACGGCAUUAACUUUCAAAACAUUAUGUAUUCAAACAUUAACAAGCGGAUCUGUACAAUCUAAUACAUCGAUCGAUUAUUACAUACGACCGAAUAAGAUCUUGUGUAGUAUGAGUGGAAUGUGGCCUAUCGAAGAGAAGUGUUCAACACGUAGCAAAAUAUUCGCAUAUUCUCGCUUGAUAGUGGCAUUAACGGCAAUCAAUAGUAUCUUCGUGCCCGAAAUUAUGGCAAUAGCAGUGAACUGGGGCGACUUAAGAAUCUUAGCAGGCGUAGGAUGCGUUUCAACAACAGUUGGGCAAUUGUUGUUCAAAAUAAUUUACUUGAUUGUAAGAAAAGAAAGAACCUACAGGCUUUAUUAUGAAAUACGAAGUUUAUGGAACACUACGAACGAUCCAAAGGAUAUGCAAUCUUACAUAAAGCUUGCUCAUUGGGCGCGAAUUUGUACGAUAAUUUUUUAUUUAUCCUGCUUGUGCAAUGUGAUCACUUUCUCCCUUGCUGCAGCUAUCAAUUAUUUUAGAUUCGAAUACAACGCCAGCAGUGCCGAUAACAAUCGGGAUCUGCCUUUUUUUGUCUGGUAUGGCAAUGACACCUUAGCAUCUCCCAGUUUCGAGAUCGCUUUUAUAUGCCAAUUUCUAACGUCCCUAAUUUGCGCCGCUACGAUUUCUGGGUUGGACGCCACAUUUAUGACCACGAUUUUACACGUGUCUGGUCAAUUUAAAUUAAUCAGUACUUGGAUCGCUGAUAUAGGGGUUGAAAUAAACUGUGAGCCGAAUUACAGGCGGAAUGUGGUAAAUGAUGUGAAUAAUUUGUUAACGCCCAUCAUUUUUAUGCAACUUCUUACGAGCGGAAUUGAAAUUUGCUUAAGUGGAUACGCAAUGCUCGAUAACGGGACAGCGAAAGCCGAUCUAGCGAAAUUCACAUCUUAUUUCCUUUCCAUGUUGGUACAGCUCCUAACGUGGUGUUGGCCCGGUGAAAUCCUCGUUCAAGAAAGUCAAAAUAUAGGGCACGUAGUCUAUCUCAAUGUACCGUGGUAUAACUUGCCGCUGAUCUAUCAGAAAUAUCUUUGUCUCGUGAUUGUUAGAGCGCAACAAUAUUGCAGCAUCACGGCACUAACAUUCGAGACAUUAUCUAUCCAUACGUUGACAGUCGUAAGUAAUUUAAACGAGGAAGGAAAGAAUCGUAAUUCCUGCGAGAUGAAAGACAAGGAAUAAAUAUUUAAACCGUUUAAUUCCGCAGGUGUUCAACACAGCUACCUCGUAUUUCGCUUUAUUACGACAAAUGCAAGACAAGUAAACUUCAAAGAGAUGACAAAGGCAAUCUAUGAUUUCGCUCGUAGCGAAAACAAUUCCUGUCAAAAAUAUAGUCAAAUGUACAAGUCCCAUAAACAAGCGUCGUCGUACAAUAGCCUGUAAUUAAUUAAAAAAGUAAAUUUUCAUUUCUUAUCGUACCUGAGAUUGUUCCUCGAUCGAAUUUUAGAUGUUGCCCGUAGUAUCCAAAACUCUGAAAACCCUCGUCAAUCGUAGAAUACUAAAUAACCGUAUGUAUUAAUUAGUUUGCUAUAACCAACUUGUACUCGCAUUUUUGCGGGAAUGUAAAACUUCAUCUUACCAUUUUUCAAAACGAAAAAGUAACGGUUCUUUCGUGACGCAUUUCGAAACCUCGAACAUGAUACACACAUCACAAAUGUAAAAUUUCCUAAUCUUUUCAAUUGUAAUUUCAUAGUGACAUUUGACGCUUGUGCUUGUUUCUCGCGGGAAAACUUCAAACUGCAUUUGAAUUUCGAAUUCUACCAGUCUUCGAUAGCCGGCCUAACCUAACCAUAUUCCAUAACCUGGCAAUGUUGUGGAAUACUCGUAUUAAAAUUUAUGCUAUUUUUCAUAGAAACUAUUAG